AUGAACGCUGAGAAACAGGAAAAAGAAUACGAUCUCAUUGAACGUUCUAUUCGGAAGACCGGUUGUUGGAAGCAGCAUUUAGCCUGUGCUGAAUGUAUGGCUGAUACGAAAGACUGGCGAGAGUGUCAGGAAGAACUACGAUUGUUAAGGGAAUGCAUGCUAGCAUACAGUAAGAAAAAGGAUUCCAACGACAAACAUUAA